AGCGUGAGUGGCAAGAAAGACAACACACAGACGAACAAGAGGCUGCUCCAUCACCCUGCAUCCCAGACACUCACACCCAGUAUGAACAUGUCCAGCAGUUCUGCUCUGAUCCAGCAGAUCUAUCCCUUUCACGACGGCUGGAAUGUUGCCUGCUUCAUCAUCCUCCUCCUUUUCAUCCUCACCAUCCUCUCCCUCGCCACACUGGCAUUCCUCUAUGAGCUGCUGGACUGCGGCUGUUUCACCAAAACCAAAACCGUUCGUGACCUGCGCCGCCAGCGAGACGAAGUGGUUUAGUUGUAACCAUGGUGACAGCGGACACAGUCUCCAUAGGAACCACAACAGUAGAUUGGUGGAAAAGGCUGCAGAUUUGGACGGAGCUCUUCGUCAGAUUGGAGACCCUUAAAACACACCAGACACAUACAGAGACAGAAGCCCUCUACUCCCACUAGCUCUAACAGCAAUACACAGCACAGGUGUCUCCAUGGCUUAAAAUAUUACAUUUAGACCAGAAAGAGAGGGAAACACUUGCUUGUAUGCUCAUUGUCUCCUUAUAGUCUGCAUUCAGUAUUCCGGUACCAUUGUGUGAUGACUACAUGAAACUGUUGUAUUUUUUUAGAUGUGUUUACAUGAAUUUUUCCCUUUGUGUGGGAUGACAAAGUUUGUGACAAUGUCAGUAUUAUAGAAUUAAUAUUCUACAUACAUUAUGAUUCUACUACUUAAAGCAAAUAGCACACACGUUUGAAGUAAAGGGAAUGUUUGUAUGUGUACGUUUUUGUGAGAUUUAAUAUGUGAAUAAUAAUAGUUCUAUCUACAUCAAGAAGCACAUUAAAGGCCAAUAAU